AUGGGGUCUGGAAAUCUAAAAAUGAAACAAUCAAUUUUGAAAAGCUCUUUUUUGUUUUUGGUUAUAAUUUAUGGCACUAUAUUGGUAACACACGCUCAAGUUUAUUCAAAUAAAGUGGAUGAAGUUAAUGCUAUAUCUCAACACAAUCAAAAACGGGCAGUAUACAACUCGCCACCACUUUUGUCUGACUCAAGUUUAUCAGAAAAUGCAGAAAGAUGUGCAUUGAAAAUGGCUGAAGGACGCCUACCAAUAGCAACACACCCAUGUCAGGAAUCCGGUGAAAAUAUUUAUCAAACAACUAUGGAUUUAUCAUAUCCUGUCAUUUCAGACAGUAAUUUAAUAAAAGAUGCUGUUGAGGCUUGGUAUGCAGAAAAAACACGAAUGAAGACAAUCAAUUAUAACGUAUUUGAUGAACAAUGGCUUGUAGGAAUGUCUAACAAUGAUUUAUUGAGUACUGGACAUUUCAUGCAGAUUAUUUGGAAAAGCGUUAAAUCUGUUGGUUGUGCUGUAUCUUAUUACACAACUGAAGUAAAUCGAGUUUACUAUGUUCUUUGUCGAUAUUCACCAGCACCGUUUUUAAAAGUUCCAAGUGAACGCGUAGCUAAUUUGCCAUCAUCAUCUUUAUCAAUGUGCGAAGAUUCGCCAGGCUGUAAAAAUGUAGCAAAUGCAGCUACUUGCCAGAAGUACGAAAAAACAAGAGAAAAGUGCAAAAAGUCUUGUAAAUUGUGUUGACCAUCGUCAAUGCGCAGCCUAAAAUUUAACAUUUUUUUGGAUUUUGUGCAUAUCAUAAAAUUUAUUUCUCAAGCUUUA